AUACAACUAUGCAGUCUCUCAGUUCAAGAGCGAUCUGCAAGUGAUUAAUACAAAGACGAGGAGGAGUUUCUGUGGAGCACUCAUAAUCCAAACGGACUUAUUCUGUGCACUUUCCUCUUACGGAUCAUAGAACAAGUAAAGCCUGGAAUCAUGCCUGUGUCAAGAAUGAAGAUGAGGCCGUGGCUGGAGAAGAUGAUCGAGUCCAACUCCAUCUCGGGUCUGACUUGGGUGGACAAGGAUAAGACGAUGUUCUCAAUCCCCUGGAAGCAUGCAGCUCGACACGGCUGGGAGCUGGACAAGGAUGCAUGUCUGUUCAAAGAGUGGGCCAUCCACACAGGGAAAUACGUCGAGGGCCAGACCUGUGACCCAAAGACGUGGAAAGCCAACUUCCGCUGUGCUAUGAAUUCACUGCCUGACAUCGAAGAGGUGAAAGACAGGAGCGUCAACAAAGGCCACCAAGCAAUGCGCGUCUUCAGGAUGCUGCCUGCCACCCCAAAAUCUAGAGACAAACGAAGCAAAGCAAAGGAAAUGAAACAACGUAGGAGGGUGAAUGCUCAGAGCUCAGAGGUCAAGAUGGAGGAAGACACUGAUUACAGUGACAGCCAGUCUCCCAUGGCUUCUUCACUGCCGGAAGAGACUUUUUCAACUCAGGAAAACACAGUCGACAGUACAGUGCACACAGACCAGCCAGGUUACAGUCUGACUCCAGCUGAGGUUCCUGACUGGUCUUUAUCAGUUGAGAUUGGGCCUGGGAGCUUUGCAGACAACUAUUUCCACAGAUUUGAAGUUUCACCUGACCACAGUCCUGAUUACAGCUAUCCUGACGACAUUAUUGAGAUUUGCCAGCAAAUGGAGAAAGACUCACACUGGAUUGCAAGCAGUUUAGACGGCACGGGGUUCCUGAGCAAUCAACCAUGCGCCAGCCCAGGGAGCCAGUGGAGUGAUUCCUCGUCAGUCGAUGAACUAGACGAACAUCCACAGUACACAACUUUGGUCUCAGACUUCACAAUUCCCACAGACAGCUUCUGGAAAAACAUUUGCCCAGAGAUUUUGCCCAACCUCUGAGGGGCUCAGGACAGGACAGGACAAUGCUUCUGACAUUAUGGACAUUAUGGAAAAAAGCUUUUCCUGCCCAUCAUCUUCCCCCAUCAUCUCAGUCGGAUCACCUAGCAUCACCCCUCCAGGAUCUAAUGAGGGCUGUCUACACUUUAAGCUAAAACAUCCCACCCACCCCCAGAGUUGCGCUUACCAUGUGUCUGACAACUUGGAGAGUUUCCCUUUUCUCCCUCAACCCGUAUGUACGUGUUUUAGGUGAACAAACUUAAUGUGAAGUUAUGAAGAGAAUAUAUGAAGUGCUCUGCUGUUAAAGGACAUACUGCUUAUUAUCUGUGUUUUUGGCGGGUUCAAGGCUUUGUGGUGCUCAGUUUUUUUGUGAUGUUGAUCUGUAAUAAGACAGAAAUCUGUCCUGUUACUGCUCAGGCAGGGCAUUUUCACUCAGUUGUGACUCCAUACCAGGUAGCAAAUACUUAAAUGCAAAUAGGCUCACAUUCAGUACAUAUAUCUGACAGACAGUUAAUGCAUAGUGUCAAAUAAUUACCACAUAAAAUCUGUGAAAAUGUGUGUUUUCCGUUAUGUGUAAAGGUGAAUUUUAGUUAUAUCAUAAAGCAAACUAUCAUCUUAAAAAAAUGUCUGGUAAAAGCUCUACUUCAUAAUCUUACAAUUUUGUUUCUUUUUUGCUUAAAGCAAUUGUUAAGGAAUCUUGUAAAUAGUUGUUUGUGUUUUUAUAAAAUAAAAAGAUCUAUUUUAAAAUGUGAAUAAAGAUGGCUCCUUACUAUA